ACAAGUUUAAGUCAAUCAGUCGUAGUCAAGCAAGUCAAGUCAGUUAUUGCUACUCACCGGUCGAGGUACGAAUUACCGAAAGACUCGUUCCUCGUUCUCCAAAGGUCGUCUCGAUUCACGCGAAACAUAUGAUUUUGCUAAACUGAUAAUUGAAGUUUUAAGUUAACUAGGUGACCAUGCAUCAAUUAUUUACGGUUUUUGUAACGGGUGUUUGCUUUUUUAAUUGUGCGGGAAGUGAGGAGUAUGUUAGUGAAUUAAAAGAUGCCCAACAUAAAAGGAAUACGGACACACACGAAUCUUACUAUCGUACAGGAAUAGAAUCUUAUCACAACCAAGAGGGUUAUGGCCCACCACAUCAUCAUCAUAAUGGAUAUCCUCACCCAGAUGCUGAACCUCGGUCGUAUUCUGGAUCCAACGCAGACUCGUGGAACGAUUACCAAACACGACACAGAAUUCCACUACCUAAUCCGUUCAAUACUCCCCAGGAUUAUCAACCUCGACAGAGAAUUCCAGGACAUAAUUCGUUCAAUCCUCCUCACGAAUAUGAACCAAGACAUAGAAUUCCAGUACAACUUUCGUUCAAUCCACCUCACAAUCAUGAUACAUCAAAUUGUGAAUCUUGCGACGAUGACAGAAAUGCUAGAAAUAAUCGGAAGCCUGAAGUAGCAGUUACAAAAUACGCUAAUAAUAGCGCAAAAGAGAUUCCCAGAGAUUAUUUGGAAAAAUUGGAUAUGUAUGACGUAGAUGAUAUUUUACUAAACUAUCUUGACGGAUAUGAAGAUGACGACCAGACGCCAUUAUUUUCAAGUAGAUUUGGAUCUGACACAACACAAGAGAGAAGUAAGUUGGAAAAGAAAGCGGGUUAUAUUCCUGCUAAAGCAGGUUGUAAGCCGGAAAACACUACAGUUCCUCUGGUAAAUUCAGACGAUCCUUCCAUUUUGUACAUUCCCAAAUGUACAAGAAUCGAGAGAUGCAAUGGGUGCUGUUCACAUCGACUACUUGCAUGUCAGCCUAUUGAAAUCGAAACUAUUUCUGUACAAGUUAUAAAAGCUCAAUACACAGGAGACAAAAAGAUGCGAUACGUGUCCAAGGAACUCAUUCCAUUAGAGAGGCAUAUAAAAUGCAAAUGUGACUGCAAAGUAAGGGCAGAGCAUUGUCUUCCAAACCAAGUAUACAGAAAAGACGAAUGCGACUGUGUUUGCACAAACACCGACGAAGAGAACAAAUGCUACAGAGACUACGAAAGGAAAGAGUGGGAUAUUGACACUUGCUCCUGCAAAUGUAGAGGAGUAUACGACUGCUCCACAGGAUCCGUUUACGACCACAACGAAUGCAGGUGUAAAACUGCACCAAAGAGAAGAUACGCAGGUUUGGAAAGAAAAACGCACAAUAGAGAGAAGCAAAAUGUUGAUCCAUUAGACCUAUAAAUAGAUUUUUAUUUGUAAAAUUAUUUAAUAUAUUCAUGGAAAUAAUAUUUUUUUAUCUCAUCAGAAUUCAGAGCUCUUUUCCUAAAAGUAGUUUCAUUGUGAUUUACAUAAUAUAUGCAAUGUGGUCUAUUAGUGUUAGUUUGAACAAAACCACAUACUAUGUUUCACGUACGUGUAUGUUCAUACUCACCUUUAUAUUAACUGAACAAAAAAUCCUAAGUAUAUACUUUACAUUUUCCUUAAUAUCAACAAAAAUCUUACGGGAUAAAAUACUCUAGUUCCAAUAAAACAAUAACUUAAAAAUAUUAUAAUCAGCCUAAAUUAGAUAAGGAGGAAAUUACUGUUUGAGUUAAUGCUUUAACACGUCCACUACUUCUAAAAAAAGAAAAAUUGUGGCACCAAUUGGAGCCACAUACAGUUAACAAGGUAAUAUAAGAACUACUGUUCAAAAAUAUGAUCCAAUCAAAGUAUGUCUUGCAAACUUUUGCAGGUUAGAAGUUUCUAUGGCAAUUUUACUGUAGGUAUGUGAAAUAAUGAAACUAUAAUUAAUUUAUAAUGUAGCCAAACUAGUUCAUUGUUCUGGAAGAAAAGAGUGAAGUGAAGAGAGUGAGCACCAAUAGAGUUUCGGUAAAAACUGUUUUUUAUUAAUUUUUAAAAUACAAGACUAAUAGUUUUGCUUGACAAACUUCUGAUAUUUGUAGUGUAGAGCCUGAAAAUGCAUAUUCUUGCAGUAAUAGAAAUAUUUAGAUAUUGUCAUUCGAAUUUUUCUUUAUACAUUUUUGUACCAUAAACUGACAACCUUUCAUUAACGAAUAGAUUUGUUUUACUUUCAGUCGACAUACUGGAAUUUUUAGUUUGAAUAUUUAGCAAUGAAAUAAUAUUGUAAUUGGGAAAACUACCUAGAGAAAAUAAGCUCAAAAUUUGUAAUCAUAUCUUAUUGGUUCCACAUUGCUAAUAAUUAAAUUGUAGAAAGAUACUUAUAUACAGUGCACAGAUUCUAAAGGUGUCGGUAGGUGAUGUUUUCUAUGCGCAGUAUUAUAGUCGAUGUAUGAGAGAAAGUAUUCAAAGUAAUGAAAUAAGAAAUAAUAUAUGUAAAAUGUGUUAUUUCAAUAUUUCGAAUACUUUCUCUCUCAUACACCGACUAUAAUACUGCGCAUAUACGCCUGUACGUACAUUACAUGAUCUCUGAUUGCUUCCUUUGACUACAACUUUUCAAAAUAAGUUGACAACUAUAUUUUUUACAUUCUAUUAACGCGCCAUAUGAAGUAUAAUUUGUUUGAUGUUUUGGUUUAGAUAAAUAUAUGUUUAAAUUAGAAAACUACAAAAUAAUAACAUGUUUUAAGUGUAAUUUUCAACAAACCAAAAUGUGUAAUCAUAUGCCCGUUUCAAAUGUUCAGUAAAAAAAUUACAUUUCUGUACUGAUUAAUUGUAUGUUAUAUUGUGAUAUUACAUAUUAUAUUAUAUAUUUAAUUUUCAAAUAAAAUAAUUAAGCCGAG